CCAAGACGUUUGUGUUUUAUUCUUUCUGAUUAAGUAUUUAGGGACUUUCAGUGAGUCUUUGGUGGAUCAGGUUCGUUUGUGAACAAUUUGUCACUUUUUUGCAUACGUUUUACACGUUAAGUGAUACAAGAGUAGUUAUUUACGUUUUUAUGCAUUGUACAUUUUAGGAAUGUCAAAUGUGUAAAGCAAAGCCUGGGUAAUUUUGCAGAUUCAGCCUUAAAUGAGUUGUUCUUCAAAAUGAACGCUUCUAUUUUUGAUUAUUUACUUUUAUAUUUACUAUGUAAUAUAAUAUUAUUCUACACUGAGUAUCUAGUUUUUUCUUUUAAGCCCAUAUUUAACUCUUACUCGAAUUUUCUUCGGGCUUUUACCCGUUGCUGCGAAACAUUACGUAUCAAUACGUGACAUUCAAGGCAAAAAGAGUGAAGUCUGUGAUUGGCUGAUCCCCUCGUCAAUCUGUAGCCUCUCAGCCAAUGGCAGCGAGCGGCAGGCGAUACAAACUGACAGCCGCCAUGUUGUGUCUCCGGGGAUCCAGAGCAGAGUUCAGUAGUAAACAGUAGAUGUUACAGCCCGUUAGGCAGCAGCUCACCGGCAACGGGCCGCAGUUGGAAGUAAUGAGCCUUCCAUCCUCAGCCGGAGCUGGAACCGGAACCGGAGUCGGAGGGGGACUCGGGGCUGGGAAAGCAGGCGGGAAGCACGGGGGAGCGGGAGGUGCCGCCGCCGCGGUGGCCGCCGCCGCGGUGGCCGCAGGAGUGGGCUCCGUGUCCGUGUCAGCGUCCUCCGCUUCGACCGCCGCGUCGCUUCCCGGCGUCGGCCUGCCCACGCAGUCCACGGAGCUGACGGCGCUGUUCGAGUGUCCAGUGUGCUUCGACUACGUCCUGCCACCCAUCCUGCAGUGUCAGGCGGGUCACCUGGUCUGCAACCCCUGCCGCCAGAAGCUGAGCUGCUGCCCUACGUGCCGCGGCCCACUCAGCCCGAGCAUCCGGAACCUGGCGAUGGAAAAAGUGGCCUCCACGCUGCCGUUCCCCUGCAAGUACUCGUUGGCCGGCUGCCUGCUGACGCUUCAUCACAGCGAGAAGCCAGAGCAUGAGGAGGUGUGUGAGUUCAGGCCGUAUACCUGCCCGUGUCCCGGAGCUACCUGCAAGUGGCACGGCUCGCUAGAGGCCGUGAUGCCGCACCUCAUGCAUACGCACAAGUCCAUCACCACGCUGCAGGGGGAGGACAUUGUGUUCCUAGCGACGGACAUCAACCUGCCAGGUGCUGUGGACUGGGUCAUGAUGCAGUCAUGUUUCAGUCACCACUUCAUGCUGGUCCUGGAGAAGCAGGAAAAGUACGAAGGUCACCAGCAGUUCUUUGCCGUUGUGCUGCUCAUCGGGACCCGCAAACAGGCUGAGAACUUCGCCUACCGCUUGGAGCUUAACGGCAACCGGCGCCGGCUCACCUGGGAGGCCACGCCACGGUCCAUCCACGACGGGGUGGCGGCUGCAAUCAUGAACAGUGACUGCUUGGUGUUCGACACAUCUGUCGCCCAUCUGUUCGCUGACAACGGCAACUUAGGCAUCAACGUCACCAUCUCCAUGUGCUGACGGAGCUGCGGGCCGGGUCUCGUUGCUGGACUCCGCCGCUUUGUGCAGAAGUCGUUGACAAGUUGCCUCUUGACAACAGAUUUGACUCACCAGGACAGCAGCUAUGGACGCUCAGCUCCGCCUCGUAUGACGAGACGAACGCUCCAUUCACUACCCGGGCAGCUGGUGACAAGUGAAGCUUCGACUGAUUCUGGGCUGAAAGCAGCACAAAGGUUCUGGUUCAGUUCAGCACCUCAGCAGGUGAUAGCACAUCGUCUUAGUCCAAUGCUGUGGUCACAGGAUAUGCCACUGUGGUAUCACUGAGGACAAAAGUUGUGAAACAGAGGCUAAACUGCCUUCAUUCAGAACUUGGUUGUGAAGUCAGUAAAUUGAAGCAAACAUGUAACAAACAUUUAUCUCUUUACUUUAAAAUAAGAAUGAGUCUCACUAAAACGUGUUUGCUCCAGCAGAUUAAUCUGAAGAUGCAAGGCACAUUGCGCUGGAGGCAGUUCACUUCCCUGCAGCAGUUAUACAAAGGCUUCGAGUCACUUGGUACCUUCGAUAAGCUCAGAUGAAAGCUGUAAAUGAUGAACACAGAGUUCAUGAUCUGCUGUCUUACUUUUUUACUGGCCUCCAACAGCGUGUCUACUGGAAACAUGCCCAGAGACAAGCAAGACUCUGAACCUCUAUAGCAUUUGGCCAGGAAGAAAUCACCUUCACCAGAUACCUGUGACUGCAGCCUCAUAUCAUCAGCUUUAACCUGAAGAGCUACAUUGAGACCUGGUCACGUGAUUAGCAUUAAUCAUGAGCAGCUAAAAAGGUAAAACUAAAGAACAACUUUAGGGCUGCAACAACUAAUCAAUGUCAUCGACAAUAACCGAUGACAGAAAUAAUCAAUAAUGAUUUUCCAUUAUUGAUUAAUCGGGCUUCUCACUGGCAAAAUGACAGCUGCUGUCAAAAUGGCAGAGAAAACAGAUAAACCAGCAGCAGGAAAAUGUUAGGACCUGUGUUCUUUAUAUGAGCAUUAAAUAUUAAAUACAAGUGGCAUAAAGACAAGUUAUGGAAAGCUCAGCGUGUGGCUUGUAAAUACUACAGUGAUAUACAAGCACGCAAGAGAACAGAUGUAGCAGCGGUAACAAACGCUGUUUAUCCAUCAUGUGAGAACGUUUCAUGCUACGGAGUGAAAAGUUAGUUACUCAAUUUGUCCCACCAGGCACCUGCACUUUGCAGUUGCUACAUAGUAAUUAAUGUUCAGCUAAUGCUUCACCAUAGAACAGCUCAACUAACAAUCGUGCAGACACUAAAUGUAAAAGCAGCAGCAUCGAUGGAUAAUCGAUUAUCAAAAUAAUAGUUGCUUGCAGCCCUAAACAAUUUUAAUUCAGAUUAAUGACAAGUGGCUGCAAAAUGGUUUCACAUCCACACACAUCAUCUAUGUCACAAGGAUGUAAAAAAAAAAUAGAUCUGAAUUUUCACGUCGCCACGGCAACAGCAGCUGGGGUAGAUGGGUAUGUAUUAAGUGCAACUUUCUCAGCUAGGAAUUUUUUUUGCAUGUUGAGGAUCGUAAUCUACGUAGUGGCUGCCAUGCCGUUUCUCAGGUGAAGGGUUGAAGCCCUUUUUUAGCUUCGACUUCCUGAGCAUCUGAUGCUGGGGGUGAGCCAUCAAACCUUUUUUUAAUGGGUUGACAAUAUUAAUAUCAAUAUUUCAGGUACUGUCACAAGGACUUUGCAGACAUUUUAACUGUUGUUUAGAGGAGACUGUCCCAUAAACCCAAACCUUUUUACUUGUGUGUGUGUGUGUGUGUGUCGUGUUCUGUGAAGGAGUAAUCGAGUUUGACUGUAAUAAAUGCUGACUUCA